AACUUCUCGCAGUCAACAUGGCUGCAUUGCUGAACCAAAUGUGUGUGUCAGUGUUACUGAUCACAGUCAUCAGCUGUAAAGAAGCACAACAAAAACUCUUCUCUAACUUCAAACGGUGCCUGGAUGAGGAAUGCAGCAUGCUGAUGUGUCGAGGUAAAGCUGUGCAGGAUUUCACAGGUCCCGACUGCCGCUUUCUGAAGUUUAAAAAGGGUGAAACGAUUUAUGUAUAUUAUAAAUUAGCAGGAGAAAGGAAUGAUCUUUGGGCUGGAAGUGUGGGGAGUCAGUUUGGAUAUUUCCCCAAAAACCUUAUUGAAGUAAAUCUAAUAUACUCAACUGCCGAGGUGGAACUGCCUGUUGAGGAAACAGAUUUUGUUUGUUUUGACGGAGGACCUGACGAAUUUGAUUACGUAGACCUUGAUCACUUGAUACGAGCAAACGGAGAAACGGGGUUCAACGAAGGCAAGAAGGUAUCACAUAUUGCAACAACAGAAGAAAGUGUGAUAGAGAAGAGACAUGAAGAUACUGGGCAGAAAAUUCCAGAUGCUGAGUUUAAAAGGAUUCCGAAAGUGCCUGAAAAUAAAUCAGAAGAAAAUAAAGCAAGAGAUGAGAAAGAGGCCAUUGUAGGUUGGAAAGUCAGUGACUCUCCAUCACGGAUUGAAGAUAAAGGAGAUGAAACUGUAGAUAGUAUAAUAAAUGGUGAACAAAUUCUUCACGUUGAAGAUGGAGAAUCUGAAGAAAAACCUGCUAAUGUGGGUGAAAAUGCUUCCUCUUUGGAAGAGCAUCCAACAGAAGAGGAUGAUAGUAGCCACGUUAAAGUGAGCGCACAUUUGGAAACUCAGGGGCUCCGAACCUCACCUCUAAAAGACUUAGAAAGUGAGGAGCUUAGUGAAGACACCAAAGAUACUAGAGUUUCUCGGGGUGAAAACAAGUUAUUGGAUACAGCGGAACAGGGAUCUCAAGAUAAACGGGAAGACAUUUUUGAACUUGCAGGGUCUUCAAAACUCGUAACUACAUUUGGGUCAACAAUAGAUGUGAUUGUGGGAGAUGAUGAAGUGACCAGCAAAGUGACCACGUUAGAUGAAGAUCCUGUGUAUGAUUUUGAGCUGCAGAAAGAUGAGUUAGUUGAGUCACCUGAGAAAGUACCUCUGCUCAUGUAUUCUGAUACUAAAUUGCAGCAGCAGCCAGAGCUUCCAGAAGCAGACAGUGUUGAAGAUGAGGAUGUUGGUGAAGACUAUGCUGCAAAAUCCAAUGAAACUGACACUAAAAUUACAGCUCAAGAUGUUAAUCUUCCAGUGACUUCUGUCAAUCCAGAAAAGGGGCAAUCAUUGGAUGGAAUAACUGAGGAACUUGCCAAUAUUGGAGAUGAGAAUGAGGAGAAACUUCAAGCAGGAACCUCAGAAGAUGAAAACAGUCAAAAGGGAGAAUUGUGGACAACUCUUGGUGACACUUUCUAUGCAGUUGUUACUGGAAGUGAAACAACAGCAAAGGUUACAGACCCUUACAGUUUUAAUUCUGAAGACAUUCAGGAAGAUAUGAGGGAGGGAAGAAUUGAAGAUUCAGAGGAAAAAGAUAGGGUAUAUUUGUUGAGCAUGUCAGAAAAAGGGGUUGAUGAUAAACUUGUGAAUGCAGUUAAUGCAGCAAUAGAAAAUGAUGCUAUGAAAGAGAGAUCUGACAUAAUGAUGGAAGAUUAUAAAGUUGAAGAUACAAUUCAAGCUUUUGUUAGGACCUCCAAAACUGAUACUAAUUUAGAAACAUCCUAUAAAGAAAAUGAAGGGACAGAGGAGGAUCAAGGCAUUCGAUCCAAAGCAGCACAUCAAAUUCCUGGGCUAGAAAAAGAGGGUGAAUCAAAAAUGAAUGGCCCAACAUUUAAUGAGGAAGUUGACAAUGAUGAAUUCUUAAAAGUGCUGGAAAGGGAUGACCAGAGCGGAAAAAUAGAACUGCAAACUCUAGAGCAUCCUAGCAUUAAAGAUAACUCAAGUACUGGGAUGAAUCAAAGUUCACAAAAAUUGAAUCAGUUCGAACAAGAAACUGAAACAGAAAAUUUGUUUGGCUCCGAGUCAAGAUGGUCUAGAAAUCUAUCUGAGGUCUUAGAUGCUGGAAAUGAGGAGUUGGGAUCACAAAACAAAAUCCAAGCAGCAAUACGUGAACAAAUUUCUGUAGAGGACUUUCAUGCCAAACGAUCACAAGAUGUAGAUGAAGCUAAGGAACAUGUUAUGAGCUUCGGUGCAAGUGAUGAAGAAGUAGAGGACCACAAAAUGGUAAAUAAAGAAUACAAAGGACUUAAAGAAUAUGAUUUGGCAGAGAACCAGAGAGAUAUAGGUCUGUCUUUGGAAAGUAAUUCAAAACUUACUGGAGAUGAUAUUUCAGAUCAAUUACAGGAAGAAAUGAAUGAUGAGGAUUUUGAUGUUCUGGAAGAGAUCUACACCCUUCAGCCAGAAGUGUUAUUAGAAGAUGAAAAUGCGGCAGAGGCCAGAAUGGCACAGAACAGUGAUCCUAAUGCCACUGAUGAUCAAGAAGAAGCUUUAGAUGAUCAAGAUUCAGAUGUUGAUGCUGAGAAAUUAAAAGAAGAAAGGAAUACAAUAGAGCUAAAAGAUCGAGGAGAUGACACUCCAAUUAGGCAAAAGGAAAUGCCUGUAAAAGUGAACCAUGAAGUCAAAGAACACAGUGAUCUUGCUCAGAGUGUUCAAGAACUGUCAGAUAAGACUGAAAGCCAAAGAGAAUCAGAACAACUGUGCAUCAGGCCUGUGCAUAAGAAUGCUCUGGACAUAGUUAAUGAAGACCAAUCCCGGCAUCUGAAACACCUUUCUGAGAUGUCACAGAAAGAUGUGGGCAAAUUCAAUGAGGGCAAGGGUCACAAAACUAAAGAGAGCAGGUUGGUGGGGACAUACUCGAGUAUUGAAAAUACAUCAAACCCAUCUGAAGUUGAAGAAAAUAGUGCUGAAGAACCUGCCCAUCAAAGAAAAGAUAUUGGAUCAGAGGAUGAAAGGAAAAUGUUUGCUGGUCCAAGGUACAGUGAGGCAGUGGAACAGCUUACUAUUUUGAAAGGCUAUUUAAAUAAAAAGAGUAUUGAAUGCUUGUAUAGAUAUCUUGAUUCAUGGCAAGUUCUAGAACUAGAAGCUGUGCUCCAUAACUUGAAAGAGGAACUCAGCCUUGGUAAAUCAUCCAGAACCAAUGAGGAGGAUAUUGAAAAAGCUCUGGAUUUUAUAUUGGAGGAGUCUGAGAUGAGGAUUCUUGAUAUGGUGGAGGAAAUGUUGGAUAAAAGAGCUGAAGAAAACCACUGGAAGAUUGAGGAAAAUUCACCAGAACAUGAUGGAGAAACAAUGCUCUUGAGUGAUGUCCAGGAACUUAUGUUUCAAUUAAGGGAGAAGUACUCGGUCAGCAAGGAGAGUGAUGCACUCACUCCUGGAAUGAAAAUAACACAAGAAAGCAAACACUUACCCUAUGGAUCACUGGACCACAGCAAACAGGAAGAGCAAGAGAGGGAUGCUACUGAAGCACAACAAGAAGGGGAGGAGAAGAUGAAAGAUCAACCAAUGAGAGGAUUGCCUUCUCCAAUCUUCACUGAGGACACAUUACAUUCAGAGGGAAAGCAGGAGGAAGAUGAAGGCCAAGAGCCACAGGGAAAGAAGCAAUCUGGAAACCUUACAGAGAGUGCAGCAUAUCAAGAGAGAAAGGAGGAGGGUGAAGAGAGAGUAAGAGGACCAUAUUUUCCAGAGAGUGUUAAAGAGACUCGGAAAGAGCAUCCUAUCUCAAGGAGUGCAACAGGUCAAGAGAAGGAGGAAACAGCAUUAGAAUUAUCUUCCUCAAAUUUUACAGAGAUUGCUGGACAUCCAAAGAGAACAUGGGAGGAAAUGAAGGACCAUGAAGAGGCCACAAGAACUCCACCUCCAAAUGUCACAGGGAGGGCAGAAGAGAUUCAGAAAGAAACUCCUGCUCUGGUAAGUGGCAGACUUAAAGAGGUGGGAUCGAGGAAUGACAAAGAGCUUGAGAGAAAAGCACCUUCCUCAAAUGUUGGAGGGAGAUUGGAGGAAGGGGAGGCUUGGAGAGAACUGAGUAUCCUGAACAUCAGUGAGCAAAAAGAAGAAGCACAGAAGGAACCUUCUGAUGUGACUUUUGCAGAGAAUGUGGCACAGUCUGAUGGAGGAGACACUGCAGAGAAGAGUUGGCUGAAAGAAAAGCAACAGGAGGGGAAAGAUACAGCAAGGGAAGGUGAUGAAUUGGGCCAUUUGGAGGUGGAAAUAGAGACCCCUUCCACCCUGGACAACAGUGUGAUAAUGGACAAAGGUCAGCUGCAGGAUGAAGGCUUGUUCCUGCCGUGGAUUGUCACAGUGCUGGAUGCUGUUGUCCUGCUGAUCAAGGACAAUGUGUGGCCUGUCGCUCAGUCACUCUUGGAGUAUCUUGUAUCCUCCUUGCCUGAAGAAAUGAGGCCAGGUCCUGAUUUCCGUGGGGUGCCCUGGGAACCCAUCUUGAUAACUGCUGUUCUAGGAAUCAUUACUUUUGUCGUCUUUUUAUGGAGAACCUGCCUUUCAGUGAAAAGCAGAAAAUACCAAAUGACUGAAAAACAGCUAUCUGCGAAAAUCAAACAGCUUAUUCAGGAGAAGACUGAGGUUUUGGAGAAAGUUUCCACUUACGAAAAGAAGUUGGAAGAAGCCAAGACUGUAAUUGAUGAAGCACAGAAUGUGAAAUGCAGUAUGUCUGAUGAAACUAAAGAACUUAAGGAGACCUGCAGGGAGCUUGAACAGGUGAACCUUCAUUUGGAGACACGUGUGAAAAAUCUUCAGGCAUUGUUAGAGAAAGAGAAGGAGGAGACAGCUAAACAGCAGACUCUGAUUGCCGAUACUCAGAAAUCUGUGAAAAGUUUACAAAAUGUUAUUUCAACUCGUUCAGCAGAACUCUCUCAGGUACAGGUAGCCCUUUCUGGUGCCAAAGUAAAUGAAGAAAAAUUGCAAGCAGACAUCCAGUCUAUGCAAGAAGAAAAUGCCAUGCUUAAGCAGAGCAAAAAUCAGCUUCUGCAAGAGGCGGAAGGCUGGAGUGAGCGACACAGUGAGCUUAAUGAGCAGAUUAAACUCUGCCAGAAAGCUCAGAGAAACCUGGAGGAAAUGCUGGUUUACAAGGACAAUGAAAUCGAGGUAUUGACAGACUGCGUGAUGCAACUUAGGCAGCUUGACACUGAGUCUGACAGUGAAGAUAAUGGGUGGGACAAAGAAGUGGAUGGUGAAGUGGCUAAUGGAGAGCUGCCAGAUAAAAGCAAAAGGAUAAAAAUGAAGAUUCAGCAAAUGAUGGAUGUUUCAAGGGUACAAACCACCUUGAAAAUCAUUGAAGAAGAGAAAGACCAUUUCCAAGCCAAACUGACAGAUGAAAUAAAAGCUAGGCACGAACUAGAAGAGCAAAUUAAGCAGCUUGAACACAACUUUGUAGCCACUGGAACUGAGAAGUCGAAGCUUGAGAAUGAAUUUAAAACCAUGCAGCAGAAGCUGGAGAUCCUGACUGAGCUCUACCAACAGAAGGAGAUGGCCCUACAGAAGAAGCUGACCCAAGAAGAGUGUCAGCGUCAAGAGAAGGAACUUAAACUAUCUGCAGCUGAUGAAAAAGCACUCCAGGCUGUCGAGGAAGUGAAAAUGUUCAAACAAAGAAUUCAGGAAAUGGAAGAAGAGCUACAUAAGACUGAGAGAUCAUUCAAAAAUCAGAUUGCCGCACAUGAGAAGAAGGCUCAUGAAAACUGGUUAAGUGCCCGAUCAGCAGAAAGAACGCUUACUGAAGAAAAGAGGGAGACCGCAAAUUUGAGGCAGAAGAUGAUUGAGUUGAACCAGAAACUCUCGCAGGUUCAAAGACCUUCAAUAAUCAAGCCAACACCAGGUAGACCUGAUUUUCAGGUCCCUCCAGGAGCACCCCCACCCCUUGGAGUAGCACGCAGAGGUCCACUAUCCCGUGAUGACUCUUAUGGGCCAUCUCCAGUAAGUGGUGGGGCACCUUCACCACCAUUGAUGAUGGAGCUCCCUGUGCGGCCUCCCUCUGUUAAUGCGAGCCGUGGCUUCCCACGAGAUCGGGGUGAUGGAGGUAUGCGGGUUCCUCCAGGCGCUUUUGCUCCCCGUGAGUGGAUUGGUCCUGGCCCAGACCGACUGGGACCAUCUUCUGAUCAAGGAUCGCCACCACCACAGUGGGAUAGGCGGCCAGGUCCAAUGGAUGGCUAUUCUGGACCACGGAGACCACCUUCAGAUUCAGGUGUAAUAUCUGGACGAAUUUCUGGUCCGGGUGAAAUUCGUGGGCUUCCACCUCCUAAUAGAGCAGAAAUGGGCCCAGGAGGACCAGCACAACUGGCAAGUGGGCCAAGGACAUCUUCACCAAAUUUGACAGAGUGCGCAAUGGUGAAUGCUAAUACUCUUCAGGCUGCACCGUCUUUUCCUGGAACACCUAUUAUGAAUUCACCAAUGGGUGGAAUAACUCCCCUGGGACCUCGACAUGGGCCUCCUCCAUCAUCCAGAGGCUCAUAUGGACCAGUCCCACUUGCACAAAACCACUUAGUGCGUGUUCCAGCCCUUCGAGACUUCCCUCCAGGCCCGUUUCUCCCUCCAGGCCCGUUUCCUCCUCCAAGCCACAGACCUUUUCUUCCUGGGCCCUUACCACCACCACCACAUGUUCUGAGAGACAUCCCACCUGGUGCCAGGGAGUAUCCGCAUGGACCAAGGAACCUUCCUCCUGGUCCGACACUGCCUCCUGGUAGCCGGGAAUAUCCACCAGGCUCGCAUCCACCAGAACCAGACAACCGCUUGUGAUUUUAAAGGCAUCGUGAGGCCAGGCUUUCAACUUAACUGAUCCCUCAUCUCAGGCAGUUGUACUUUUUAAAUGUAUGUCAAAGUAUUCAAUGGGCCUCAGUUCUCCUGUGCCCAGGAAUUAGGGAUAAUUUCACUAGCAACAAUCUAAUUAGGACAUGUUUAAAAUGUAAUGGCUUAUGGAGAAUCCCAUCACUCUGCAUGAGCAGUGGCUUUUACCAUUGGGUGACAGGGUCAGAUUCCGUCACCAGUUUAGAAUUCUUCAGCUGGAAAACCCUUGGACUGCUGGAGUUCUGUAUGUUCCAAUUGUGGAAAUGGGUAAGUGUAUUUGUAGAGGCGAUUCUCAAAUAAUUAAGUGUAACUGCUGGUUACAGCUUUGAAAACUUUACUUGGAAUCUAUUUGUCACAAGAUAGCCACUCUGCCAAUCAAAGGAGUUAAUUGUGCAAUAUUAGGGUGCCUGUGUCUCUUGUGUAGUGAUAUAAAUCUUUUGCUAAUGUGACCAGUGUUUUGAUGCCUUUUUAUUUUAAAUGGUUGGGGGAAAAACUUUUCCUGUGGAAAUAUCAGCUGAUUAGAGAGCUGCCUGAUUGAUGUAGUCAUGGCAAUACAUUUGUAAUCCGUACAUAUUUCAAUGAACCCAUCCAUUUGUGUCUUGCAGCCCCUGUUUUAGUUUGAUUUCUGUUUAGGAAAAACAAACAGGAAUAUUCUAUAAUUAAGGCCAGAUGUAACUUAUUUUACUAUUGAGAAAAUUUAUUAAUAAAGAUUAAAAUUACUGGGUUGUCAA